GGGAAAACGACCUCCGUUUCCUCUCUGUCUCUGAUCUGUCGCUCUCCCUUUUUCUUUCGCUAUCUCCAAAAUUUGAACAUCGACGCCGAUUCUCUCUGUUCCAGGAACAUACAAAGUUCUGUUCCUGCUUCUUCCCCUCUUCAACCUCUCGUUAAUACACUUUUCGCCGCCUGAUUUUGGAGCUUGCUUCCACAAUGAACGAUCUUCUUACGGAUUCCUUUGAGAUCCCUCGGGGUCAACCUUAUAGAGGAGGAGACAUUGAGCUAGGGGAUCUGGGCAUGGAGGAUUUCUUUAAGAAGGUUCAAGAUAUUGAAAAACAGAAUGAAAAGCUGGAUAGGUUACUGAGAAAGCUCCAGGAUUCACAUGAGGAGUCCAAAGCUGUGACUAAAGCUCCAGCAAUGAAAGCAAUCAAACAACGGAUGGAAAAGGAUGUCGACGAAGUUGGAAAAGUUGCACGUUCAGUAAAGACCAAAGUCGAGGAACUUGACAGAGAGAAUCUCGCAAAUAGGCAGAAGCUCGGGUGUGGAAAAGGAUCAGGCGUAGAUAGAUCAAGAACAGCUACUACUCUUGCCUUGAAAAAGAAGUUGAAAGACAAGAUGACUGAAUUCCAGAUUUUACGUGAAAAAAUUCAACAAGAGUACCGGGAGGUUGUUGAGAGACGGGUUUUCACAGUCACGGGUGCAAGGGCUGACGAGGAGACGAUCGAGAAAUUAAUUGAAACUGGGGAUAGUGAACAAAUUUUUCAGAAGGCAAUUCAAGAACAAGGGCGAGGACGGGUAAUGGACACUCUAGCUGAAAUUCAAGAGCGACACAGUGCAGUUAGAGAACUAGAGAGGAAGCUGCUCGAGCUACAGCAGGUAUUUCUAGACAUGGCGGUGUUGGUAGAUGCACAAGGGGAUAUGCUCGACAAUAUCGAAUCACAUGUCACAAGUGCAGUAGAUCAUGUGCAACAAGGGAAUACCGCUCUUCAAAAGGCGAAGAAGCUGCAAAAGAAUUCGAGGAAAUGGAUGUGCAUUGCCAUCAUAAUCCUUCUAAUCAUUGUUGUGGUCAUAGUAGUGGGAGUCCUUAAGCCAUGGAAUAAUGGUAAGGGUGCCUAAGUGCCCAUCAUCUCUCUGUAUAAAUAUAUCAUUUCAAGAGAUUUGUACCUUUGCCUGAACCUACCAUUUGUGUUGAUUUAUGUUAUCCAUUUUUGGAACAAA